UCGUUUCAUCGGGGGAACCGAUGCAUGAUAAUGCUGAGAAUGGACAUUAGUUGUCCAGUCGGAGGUUGGUCAGGACAUCGUAUUGCACAUUGGGUGUGAUUAUCUCUCGGUCCAGAAACACACGGUUGUGGAGUUAGCCCAUGCAGGAAAUUGACAAUCGAAUUGAGCGCCGCUCCUCAAGAAUGGAGCAUUGCUUUUCACCGCCUGCAAUUGAACUACUCCUUAUAUGCUAUACCUCAGUAGCAUUCUAAGCGUCUUUCGCUUCCCCCUACUGCUCCCACUCGUGGUCUUUGCGAUGACUGAGGUCGAUAGUUGCUCAGGAUUAUGGAGCCAUGCUCGUCGGUGGCUUGUUGGCAUUCAGCUUGUCGGGUUGCGUUAACAUGCAAUUCAUCGUGUAUUGCCGAAUGUAUUCUCACGAGAGAUGGCAUACUAAGUCAUUGGUCAUUGCAACAUGGCUGCUUGAUUUGUGCCACUCCGCACUUGUGGCGGUCGCCCUCUGGGAUUCCAUCAUUGCGACCUAUGGUGAUCUGGAUAAACUUGACGUGAUCCCUUGGAGUGUUGGUCCUGGUGUCGAGCUUACUGCUAUGAUUACCUUCCUCGUUCAAAGCUUCUUUGCACAGCGAAUCCAUAAAUUGCAAAAGAAGAGGUUUACUAUAGCAAUUCCGAUUGUUGCACUCUCUUUCUUUCGUUUGGUUACGGCUAGCAUCUCGAUGGGCGAGAUGCUCAGCUUGAAAUCGUACACCGCAUUCCGUCUACGCGAUUUCUCAUCCUGGAUCUUCACUUUGGGCCUUUUACUUUCAGCAUCUGUGGAUAUCAUGAUCACAACUUUCCUAUGCUAUUUCCUUCGCAAAAAUCUCACUUCGUUUAAAGACACUAUACGUAUCAUCGAUACCCUAACGCUCUGGACAAUUCAGAAUGGAUCGAUUACAUGUGCUGCGGCCAUCGCAUCAUUGGUUUGCUGGAAAGUUAUGCCUCAGAACCGCAUAUUCCUAGGCCUACACUUCUUUGUAGCGAAAUUAUAUGCAAACUCCCUUUUAGCUACUCUCAAUGCCAGAAAGCAAAUAAGCAAUGGAAAGCAAUACACUCCUGCAAGCGAUCAACUUAUGCCACCAGUCGUCUUUCUGGAGGACUUCGAGCAUACACCUGAAUCUUCGCUCCCACACGGAUUAUCCAUGCAGCUCGAUGCUCGUCGACUGAAAGCAGGGCAUCUACGCGGGAAAUCUAUCCAAGUAAAUGUUGAACGGAGUGUGGAAUCCAAGCAUGACAUCGAUAAUAGCAUUGAAGUGGAUCUGACAGCAAGCUGCACACGCGAUAGCCCAGUCUGAUAUUCUGUAGUUCGGCCCCUUGCUGUAUCACCAUGAUCAUUCUCGACAUCUUUUUGGUAUCAUAUGCAACUACCUUAAGUUACCUGAUAUAUAUUCCUGCAGACUUAGGUAGUUUUCCUACCAAUGUGUACUUACCAGUAUACCACUUAUCCUUUCAUUCUCAAGGCAUUAACCUUACUUUCCAUGUCACGCGAACCCUGGGAUUGCGAUACGACCAAUCAAA